AUGGACAAGUUCAACUUGAAAGAUCAUACGGCAGUGAUAUCAGGCGCAGCUCGAGGCCUUGGUCUGGCGUUUGCAGAAGCCCUUGCAUCAGCAGGUUGCAAUAUCGCUGUGUUGGACAUCCUUCCCGAACCAUCAGUCGCAUUAUACGAAUUGCAGUCACAACACAGGAUCAAAGUCAAGUACUACACCGUCGACAUCACUGUUCGCGACCAGGUUAUCAAUACGGUCUCGCAGAUCGUCCGAGAUUUCGGCAGGAUCGACAUCAACAUCAACGCAGCCGGCGUUGUGACCGAUGAACCCUUCUUGACAACCUCUGACAAGAACCUCCAGCGGACCUUCGGAGUCAACGUCAAUGGAUCCUUCCUUGUAGCGCAAGCUUGCGCAAACGCCAUGGUCGAACGGUACAAAUCGCAGCAUGGCGACGCACCUGCAAAAGACGCCACAACAGGAAGUAUUGUCUUCAUCGCCAGUAUCGCCACCUACAUUGCCAGCACCGCGCAGCAGAUAUCAUGCUACACAGCGUCUAAAGCCGCCAUCAGGGGACUCGUAAAGCCCGUGGCAAUGGAGCUGUCCCGCUACGGAAUUCGAGUCAACAGUCUCAGCCCCGGCUACACGAUGACGGACAUGAUGAGGAGCUUGCAGUCGGAACAACCGGAUCUGGUCAAGCAGUUUGAGAAGGAGACCUUGUUUGGAAGGAUUGGGCUGCCGGAAGAAAUGAAAGGCGCAAUGUUGUGGUUGUGCUCCUCCGAAGCCGGUGGUUGGUAUACGGGUCAGGAUUUGCUGCUUGAUGGUGGUGCGACUUCUUGGAAACAUCCUGCAGUCUUGAAGUGA